AUGUUACCUGUCACCGAUUUACAAAAAAUCGGUGUUGGCCUAACAGGAUUUGGAGUUGCAUUCAUAUUUCUAGGAAUCGUUUUAUUUUUCGACAAAGGCUUGCUGGCCAUAGGGAACAUCUUAUUCAUAACAGGCCUAACUGUUGUAAUAGGCUUGGAGAGAACUGCUAGAUUUUUUUUUCAAAAGCAUAAAUUAAAAGGGACGUGUUUUUUCUUUGGGGGUGUGGCCAUUGUUCUGCUUGGCUGGGCAUUCGUCGGCAUCCUUAUCGAACUCUAUGGGUUUUUCGUCCUUUUUAGUGGUUUUCUGCCUGUGGUUGUAAAUUUCUUAAGAAGGUUGCCUGUCAUUGGAUAUCUGCUAUAUUUGCCUGGCAUAAGCUAUCUUGUCAAUAAAGUUGGAGAGCCUCAGGGGAUGGUCUGA